CAAUUCAAUUGACAACACUGGCCGACCAGGAAGUCUGAAGUCGGCGCACUGUCCCCUCCUUGGCCAUGUUAUUUUUGCAGGCUGCACACGCAGGCAAUCGCACAAUGUGACUUGUUUCAAAAUGAGUAAGAGGAAAGGCAAAGUGAUCAGCGAUGUGACAGCUGUCAAGAGCCGUCGAGUGACAGCUUUGGGCGCUGAAGAUGUACCAAACGAUACAAACCACCAGGGACCUGGCAGCUUUACUCACUCUGCCACAGGAGACAUUGGCCUCAUUGAAAGCAUCACCCUGAAGAAUUUCAUGUGUCACCACUUUCUCAGUCCGUUCCAGUUUGGGCCCAAUGUGAAUUUCAUUGUCGGCAACAAUGGAAGUGGAAAAAGUGCCAUCCUGACUGCUUUGAUCGUAGGCCUCGGUGGAAAGGCCACCGUCACCAACAGAGGAGUGUCACUGAAGGAUUUUGUGAAGACCGGUGAAAGUGCUGCAGAUAUAACAGUAAAACUGAGAAACAGAGGGCCAGAUGCUUAUAAAAGGGACGUCUACGGCGAAUGCAUCUCCAUCGAGCAUCGGAUCUCAAGUGAUGGAUGUCGGACGUGCAAACUGAAGAGCAAAUCAGGACAACUUAUUUCAAACAAGAAGGAGGAAUUAACUGCCAUUUUGGACCACUUCAACAUCCAGUUGGAUAAUCCAGUCUCCAUUCUCAACCAAGAAAUGAGUAAACAGUUCCUGCAUUCAAAAAGUGAAUCAGACAAGUAUAAGUUCUUUAUGAAAGCAACUCUGCUGGAACAGAUGAAGAGGGAUUACAUCCAUAUUAAGCACACUAAAACAGUCACACGACAGCAGGUUGAGAGACAAGAGGAGUGUCUCAAGGACCUUAAGCACGAAUUUCUACAGAGGAAAGAGAGGUAUGAAAAUUUAUCGUCCUUCAGUGAGAUGAAAGUGGUUUUGGAGAAUCUGAAGAAAGCAAUGGCAUGGAGCUUGGUCAGAGACAAGGAGCAUUUGGUUCAACAGUUGAAGGAGGACACUGAAAAGGAAGAGAAUAAUUAUAAACAUCAGGACAACCUUCAGCUGUGUCAGACUAAGGUCAUACAAGUAGAGAAGAAGCUUCAGUGCAUCAAAAACAGAAUUGAGAGUCUGACAGAGGAGCAAGAGUCUCUAUCAGAGGACAAUCUCAAGUUGAAAGAACAAGUGAAAAUCAUUAGCAAGGCUCACAAGGAACAGGAGCUCGUUUAUUUUCGGGCUGUGAACAAACUGAAACAGUCAGAGCAGGAGCAAAACCUUCUUCUGGAGAAAAUGAACAAGGCAAAAACGAGUGUAAACCUUAACAGUGACGGAGAGACAGAGUAUACAAAGCAACAAAACACCUUAUCCAGUAUGAGAGAGCAGCUUGCAGAGCUUGAGAACAAGUGCUUACAACUGAAUCAAGAGAUCAAGAGCAAACAUCAGGCGCUUUUUAAAGGGAAGGAAGAGCGGGACAAGCUCAGACUGGAGGAAAGAAAUAUCCAGGUUUCAUAUGAGUCCAAACUGAAGAGGAAGAAUCAGCUUCUCGCCAGUCGGUCCAACAAACUGAAGCGGUUUGGAGAUUACGUUCCCGACCUGCUGCAUUCGAUUGCUGAGGCUUACGCGACAGGACGCUUUGUCAAGAAACCUGUUGGUCCAAUAGGGGUGUGUAUCAGUUUGAAGGAUCCCACCUUCGCAGUAGCUGUCGAGUGCUGUCUGCGCAGCUUCAUGAAGGCUUUCUGCUGUGACAACUACAAGGACGAGGCAGUCCUUCAGGAGCUGAUGUCUCGCUAUUAUCCAAAGGGCAACAGGCCGCAGAUCAUCGUCAGCCCUUUCUCUGAAAAACUUUACAACAUACAUGGACGGAAAGCAUGUCACCCAGAAUACCCAUCUGUGCUGGAUGUAAUCACAGCAACAAGCCCGGUUAUCGUCAACUGUCUGAUUGAUAUGAGAGGGAUUGAAUCAAUUCUAAUAAUCAAAGAGAAAGACAAAGCGAGGAGGGUGAUGCAGCAAGGCCGGCCACCUAAAAACUGCCGUGAGGCUUUCACUGUGGAGGGAGAUCAGGUGUAUCCAAAUCGUUACUACACCUCCGACUUCAGCAUGUCCAAAUAUUUUGGUGGGGAUCUUGAAACUGAAAUAAGUAUGUUGGAGUCGGACCUGGAGAAUCACCAGGCUCAGCUGUCCAGGUUUCAGCUCCACGUGACCUUGGUGACAGAGGACAUCAUGAGCAUGGAGAGCAAGCUGAACAGCACCAUCAUGACCCUGAAGCAGACUCUGGCCUCUGUGAAUCAGGUUAAGGCAGCGAUAACUGAGCUGGAGACUGCUGGCGAGGACCAAAUCGAUGACAUCAGCUCCAUGGAAGAAGUUGCCCAAGAGAACCAACAGAAAAUCGAGACAGAAAAGCAAACUGUUCAUGAAGCAAAGGAAGAACUCGACAAGCACCAGAAAAUGGCAGAAGACAUGGACUCCAAAUACUCAUCUGUCAGAGAACGGAUUGAUCAGCUUUCAGAGGAAAUGGAGCCGUUGAAGGAUGAGCAGAUGAGACUGGAGGCAGAGUGUGCAAGACAUGAACGAAACCUCAAGAUUUUGGAAAACAAACUCAAGUCUCACGAAGACAACAUCCAAGCUAUGAAAAGUGACCUUGCCCAAAGAGAAGAAGAGUUACAGGAAUAUGUGGCGAAAGCCUCAAAGAUCAGUCCUGAACGGCAGCAGGUGACCGGCAGCACCAAGAGCAUCGACGCGGAAAUCACUCGGCUGAAGAAGAAGAUCAAGGUGUACGAGAGCAGCCACGGCGAGCAGGAGCAGGUGGUCAGGGAGUACGCUGAAGCCCUCGCUCUCUACAGGGAGAAAACCAACCAAGUGAGAGACCUGCGGAGGUUCAUCGAUCGACUCGAUAACAUCAUGUCAGACAGGCAGAACAGAUACAAAAUAAUGCGUAGGUCUCUCUCUGUCAGAUGCAAGUUAUACUUCAACAACUUCCUGAUAAAGAUGAACUGCUGUGGCUCAAUGAUUUUUGAUCACAACAAUGAGACACUCUCAAUCACGGUAAAGCCUCCGGGUAGGGAGGAUGAUGAUGUGAGUGACAUGAAGUCGCUGUCUGGCGGUGAACGCUCCUUCUCCACCGUUUGCUUCAUGCUCUCCCUGUGGGAGAUCACUGAAUCCCCCUUCAGAUGUCUCGAUGAGUUCGACGUCUACAUGGAUAUGCACAAUCGGAGAAUUUCUCUGGAUCUCCUCCUGGAGCUGUCAGAGCGGCAGCACCUCCGACAGUUUAUCUUCAUCACUCCCCUGACCACCAGUAGUCUACCCAAAACCAGGCUCAUCAAAAUCCACCAGCUUCAAGAUCCAGAAAGACACCUGAGUGAAACGGGGGAUGAAGAUGUUUAAAAUGAGCUUCAGUGACUCAAACGUAAAAGGUGACAGACAUGAGGAAUAUUUAUGUGCACAGUUACUACAUCUUUUGUGUGUUUGCAGGUAAAUAGUGAUGCGUGUUAACUCCCGUUAUCAUUUUGUUUUUGUUUUUUUUUCUUUCACUUGGAAGGAUCUGGUUUUGCCCUGGAAGACUGGAGACUUUUAAGGCUGUCAGUAUUGAUUAGUUUUGUCAUUUGAAACUUUUUUUUGGUCCGUUUGGGUGUAAGAUGUUCAGAACAGCACAAACAUUCUGUGUAUUAUGUGUCAGAAGUCACACACUGUACAGCUUUAAACCUGAGGUGUUGUUUGUGCUCACCAGGCACUGAGUGGUGUAAUUUCAGCUGUUAGGUGUUUUUAUGAAAUCCUGUAGUGAAUAUAGCUCUGAGUGAUGAUGACGUGGAGUUAUUGUUAUUGUCUUAAUUUUUGUGUUGUAGUAAUGCAGAGAAUUAUAUGUUUUAUCUGAACAACAGUAUUACAACAACAGUGUUAUGAAUUGUUUACUUGUAUUUCAUGAAAUGGGCAUUAUCUUUAAAAAUGGUACUAUUUUUUAAAAAGUUUUUUACCUCAGGAGUCUGGUACCAUAAGACUUUUAAUUUGUGAACCCAGGACUCCACUCAGCCGGUCACUGUUAAUAUGUUUUAUAACAGGCAAUUUGCCUGUAAAGUCUGCUUUUAAUCAGUGUUUAAAGUUAGUCAUAUUAGGGCUCCCUGGCAUAAACAUGUGCACUAGUGCUCUCCAGUUUUCUCCUCUGUUGAAAACAUUCAUUUUUUCCUCAUAAAGCAACUGUUAACCAUCAUUUCUGAGGAGAACUGUAAUCACUGUUAAAAUAAAUUUUAAGUAGUAAUCUUCGAAA